CCCAAAACAAGCCUCGAUAUAAACACCCUCUACUCCCUCACCAAAUCUCCAUCUUUGCUUCUUCUGCUCUCGCCUUCCUCAACCCUAAUUUCUUCUCUCAUUUUCUACAAUCGUUGACGUAGCAGCAGCAUCGCUAGAUCGGCAAUGGCGGACACAGAGACCUUCGCUUUUCAGGCUGAAAUUAACCAGCUUUUGAGUCUUAUUAUCAACACGUUCUACAGCAACAAGGAGAUUUUUCUCCGGGAACUUAUUAGCAAUUCUUCUGAUGCUUUGGACAAGAUUCGCUUUGAGAGCUUGACCGACAAGAGCAAGCUUGAAGCUCAACCUGAACUCUUUAUCCACAUUAUUCCUGACAAGACCAACAAUACCUUGACUAUCAUUGACAGUGGUAUCGGUAUGACCAAGGCUGAUCUGGUGAACAACCUUGGUACAAUUGCAAGGUCCGGGACCAAGGAGUUUAUGGAAGCUCUUGCAGCUGGUGCUGAUGUUAGCAUGAUUGGGCAAUUUGGUGUUGGUUUCUAUUCAGCUUACUUGGUGGCUGAGAAGGUUAUUGUGACUACAAAGCACAACGAUGACGAACAGUAUGUCUGGGAGUCUCAAGCUGGUGGUUCAUUCACUGUCACCAGGGACACUUCUGGGGAGAACCUUGGUAGGGGUACUAAAAUGACCCUAUAUCUCAAGGAGGAUCAGCUUGAAUAUCUUGAAGAGCGCAGGCUCAAGGACCUGAUUAAGAAGCACUCAGAGUUCAUCAGCUACCCAAUCUCUCUUUGGGUUGAGAAGACAAUUGAAAAGGAAAUCUCUGAUGAUGAGGAUGAAGAGGAGAAGAAAGACGAGGAAGGGAAAGUAGAGGAGGUUGAUGAAGAAAAGGAGAAGGAAGAAAAGAAAAAGAAGAAGAUCAAGGAAGUCUCUAAUGAGUGGUCCUUGGUGAACAAGCAGAAGCCCAUAUGGAUGAGGAAGCCUGAGGAGAUCACAAAGGAAGAGUAUGCUGCAUUCUACAAGAGCCUGACUAAUGACUGGGAGGAACAUUUAGCUGUGAAGCACUUCUCUGUUGAAGGUCAGCUGGAGUUCAAGGCCGUUCUUUUUGUUCCAAAGAGGGCUCCUUUUGACCUCUUUGACACCAAGAAGAAGCCCAACAAUAUCAAGCUGUAUGUUCGCAGAGUGUUCAUCAUGGACAACUGUGAGGAGUUAAUUCCUGAAUAUUUGAGCUUUGUGAAGGGUAUUGUGGAUUCUGAGGAUCUCCCCCUCAACAUCUCCAGAGAAAUGUUGCAGCAGAACAAGAUCCUUAAGGUUAUUCGCAAGAACUUGGUAAAGAAGUGCAUUGAGCUAUUCUUUGAAAUAGCUGAAAACAAGGAAGAUUUUGACAAGUUCUACGAGGCCUUCUCAAAGAACAUCAAGCUUGGUAUCCAUGAGGAUUCACAGAACAGGUCUAAGUUUGCUGAACUGCUGAGAUACCACUCCACAAAAAGUGGUGAUGACAUGACCAGCUUGAAGGACUAUGUGACCAGGAUGAAGGAAGGUCAGAAUGAUAUUUACUACAUUACUGGUGAGAGCAAGAAGGCUGUUGAGAACUCACCCUUCCUCGAGAAACUGAGGAAGAAGGGCUAUGAGGUUCUCUACAUGGUUGAUGCUAUUGAUGAGUACUGUAUAGGUCAGCUGAAGGAAUUUGAAGGUAAAAAGCUUGUUUCUGCUACCAAGGAAGGUCUCAAGCUCGAUGAAAGUGAGGAUGAGAAGAAAAAGAAGGAAGAAUUGAAGGAGAAAUUUGAGGGCCUGUGCAAGGUGAUCAAGGAUGUGCUUGGCGACAAGGUUGAGAAGGUCGUUGUUUCAGACCGCGUUGUGGACUCUCCCUGCUGUUUGGUUACUGGUGAGUAUGGCUGGACUGCAAACAUGGAGAGAAUCAUGAAGGCGCAAGCACUUCGUGAUUCUAGCAUGGCUGGAUACAUGUCUAGCAAGAAGACCAUGGAGAUAAACCCGGAAAACGCCAUCAUGGAUGAGCUUAGGAAGAGGGCUGAUGUGGACAAGAAUGAUAAGUCUGUCAAGGAUUUGGUUCUGUUGCUGUUUGAGACUGCUCUUCUCACCUCAGGUUUCAGCCUCGACGAUCCCAACACCUUUGGUAACAGAAUUCACAGGAUGCUGAAACUUGGGCUCAGCAUUGACGAGGAUUCCGGAGAUGCUGAUGUUGACAUGCCAGCACUUGAGGAUCCUGAAGCUGAUGCUGAGGGCAGCAAGAUGGAAGAAGUUGAUUAAGUUUUUAGUCUGUAGCAGUUCUUUUGAUACUCGUCUCCAUACAAGUUCCAUUUUCUUUUACUCUAUCUAGAAAUUAUGACGCUUUAUGUGCCGUUUUUGACGAGAAUAGUAGUUCCGAUGCAAUAGAUCUCGUUUUGUGGGCUAUUGAACUUUUUUUGCCUAUGUCUAAAACUUGCUCCCAUAUAUAUUAUUAGGAAAAAGUUUGCAUAUGAACUAGAACAAAACCAGUACUUCCAUGUGCUAGCUUUUAUUAAAA